AUGGCCGCUGUCUUUGAGUACCGAGCCCGGCGAAUGGAGGCGGACCUCCGUCUGUUGCAAAAUGAGGAUAUGAUAAGGAGAUGGGGCCGCGUCCGCGUCUUCUCGGAGUACGGAAUUUACAUUUUCCGCAGAGGCCUUACAACAGAUCAAAUCCGCCGCCUUCCUUGCCAAAAGCUGAAUUAUGAUCCUGUGGAGAUGAUGCCCUGUUCAAUUUGUCUUGAAGAAUUCGCACAAGACGAAUACGUGAGAGUUUUGCAGGCAUGUGGGCACAUCUUCCAUAAAAGCUGUAUCGACAUUUGGCUGUUGCGGAACGCCGUUUGCCCGAAUUGCAAGGCCCCCAUUUGCGCCUCCCCCUGCAGUACUUGCUGCGGGUUGGAGGAAGGAGGAGAAGUAGAUAGCGGUGCUGAGAGCUGCACAACCGAUGCGUCAAGAAGGUCUCCAGCUGCGGCAGCAGGAGAUGCUCAUGGAGCGCAGCAGGUCUGA